UGAGUAAAGAAACGUGGAUGUGGGAAUUUAAUGUUAAAGUAGAGGGUGGGGUGAGGUGAGGUGAGCUCGCCUACGUCACAGGGAGCACCAACGGUUAAUCGACACGUGGAGUAUCCGGCUCUCGAGCAGACGCCACGCGUCUCAUUUCCCCACAAGAUUCUCUCUCUCUCAUCGGACCAUAUUCAAAACCCUCUCUCCGCUGUCCCUCCUUUUUCUCCUUCUUUACUCUCUCUCUCUCUCUCUCUCUCUCUCAAACAGUUGUCUAUACGUAUACAUAAACCAUCUCUACGUAUAUCCUCCAUUCUCUCUCUCUUAGGGUUUUGGCCACCGGAGAAAUCUCAAGCUGCUUUAUUUUUUUUCAUUUCCCGAGAAAAAUGGUGUCGGAGUAAGUAAAAAGUUACCAUAGCAUUUUCAAUAGACAUGGACCAUUCAGAUCAAAGGCAGCAGCAACUGGCACACCAGAAUCAGCAACAGCAGCAGGGAGUUGCAGCAGGCGGUGGGUCGAUGGCUUAUGCCACUCCCCCCUAUCAAACAGCACCAAUGGUGGCUACUGGCACUCCUGCUGGCACAGUUUCCUCUCCAACUAGUUUCACUCCUCAGCAACAACUCGCCUACCACCAGGCCCAGCAAUUUCACAGUCAACAGCAGCAGCAACAACUUCAAGCAUUUUGGGCGAAUCAAAUGCAAGAGAUCGACCAAACUACUGAUUUCAAGAAUCACAGUCUUCCGCUUGCCCGGAUAAAAAAGAUAAUGAAAGCCGAUGAGGAUGUUAGAAUGAUAUCUGCUGAAGCCCCUGUCAUAUUUGCAAAGGCGUGCGAAAUGUUCAUCUUGGAACUGACACUACGAUCUUGGAUCCACACUGAAGAGAACAAAAGGCGGACUCUGCAGAAGAACGACAUUGCUGCUGCCAUCUCAAGAACUGACGUUUUCGACUUCUUGGUUGACAUAAUUCCUAGAGAUGAGUUGAAAGAAGAGGGGCUUGGCAUUACCAAGGCUGCCAUUCCGUUAGUUGGAUCAACUCCGGAUGCGCUUCCGUACUACUAUGUGCCCCCUCAGGCCCCAGUGGGAGCGCCUGGAAUGAUCAUGGGAAAACCGAUUGAUCAGGCUGCACUCUACGGAGGCCAACCUCCACCACCGUUCAUGCCAUGGCCGCAGUCUCAUCCUUCGCAGCAACCACCACCAUCGCAGCAGGAGCAACAGAGCGAGUGACUCGUUUUGAUCUUGGGCAAGUAUGUGUUCUAUAAUUAAGUAGGAGGUGUAAUCUUUCUUGGUCCUUUUGGCUGGCGUGCUACUCCCAAACUUAGUAGUUGCGAGAUAAAUUUGAGCCUAGUAUGUAUGCACUGUUGCUUUCUGACAUUUAUUCAUAUCAGUGGUUGGGAAUUGGAAACGGAAGUCGACUUUUCUCAGUAA